AUGGAGACAUAUAGGAACACCCAAACGACGAUCGAGUUUGACCCUAUGUGCGACAAGGAGAAUCCUCAGAAGAUAUAUUUUGAGGAUGUCUCCGCUGCAGCAUUUAGAAUUCAGAGUGGGAUUGUAAAAACGCCUUGCGUGAAAUCUCACAUGUCUUCAAUAUAUGGUAUGGAUAUAUAUUUGAAAAAUGACUUUCUACAACACACAGGAAGUUUUAAGGAGCGUGGUGCUCGUAAUGCAUUGCUGCUUUUGUCUAAAGAGGCAAAAGAACGGGGAGUCAUCUCCGCUUCCCUGGGUAAUCAUUCUCAGGGUCUCAGCUAUCACGCCAAUUUAUUGAAAAUACCGGUCACGGUGGUCAUGCCAAACGUCGCUCCCAUUAUGAAGAUACAGAAAUGCCGUUCGUACGGAGCCAACGUCAUCGUCCACGGUGACGAUAUGAAAGAAGCGAAGUACCACGCAAUGAUGUUGGCCAAGGAGAAAGAACUCUCUUACAUAAACGGAUACGACCAUCCACACAUAAUGGCCGGCCAAGGCACCAUCGGCCUGGAAAUAAUGGAGCAAGUGCCCGACAUUGAUGCACUCCUAGUUCCAGUUGGUGGCGGAGGUCUGCUCGCUGGAGUUGCCACUGCCAUCAAACAUCUGAAGCCGCACGUGCUUAUUUAUGGCGUGGAAACGGAGAAAUGUCCCAGCAUGAAGGUGGCAAUGAAAAGCGGCGAACCGGAAAGUGUGGUCAUCCGAUCGACGCUGGCGGAUGGCCUCGCGGUGCCCACCGUCGGAUAUAACGCUUACCUCACUGUAAAGUCCCUCAUCGACAAACUGGUCACCGUGAAUGAAGAUUGGAUAGCGCGUGCGAUAUUACGUCUCGUCGAACAAGAGAAAUAUGUAGUGGAGGGCGGCGGAGCUGUUGGUGUUGCAGCCAUCAUGGCUGGACUCGUUCCCGAACUUGCAAACAAGAAAGUGGUCUGCAUCUUGUCCGGCGGCAACAUUGACACCACUAUCCUGGGGAGGUGCUUGGAGCGAGGCCUGGCGGCCGAGUGUCGUUUGGUCAAAUUCAAGGUCACCGUCAGCGACCGUCCAGGCGGCAUCGCUGAGCUCUGCAAACUCAUCGCCUCAAUUGGCGUCUCCAUAAAGGACAUUAUGCAGGAGCGAGCUUGGGUCUACGGAGACAUAUUCAGCGUUCGGGUAACUAUU